AUGUUCAAUCACUACUUACCUGCAACUUUACUCCUAUUGAGCAUUGUCUUGGCGGACUCGCUUUGUAAAACCACCCCACACGACACGACCUGGCCGACGGAUAGCGACUGGACUGACUUGAACCAGUCUGUCGGGGGCGCUUUAAUUCAAACCCGACCUGUAGCAUCAUCUUGCUAUGAUGGUAAUCCAUUCUUGUCCGCAUUGACCUGCGACGCCGUCGAUGACGGCUGGUUCUCCUCCGCAUUUCAUGCAAGCCUUCCGGAAUCCAUCGACUAUCCAUUCUGGGCCAACAACUCCUGUGUGCCUCCGAGCGACUACGCAUACAAGAACGAUGGAUGUAUACUUGGAGGCUUGCCCGAAUUCAUUCUCAACGCUACGACUGCCGAACAGGUCGCAACAGCCGUGAAGUGGGCUAGCGCGCGAAACAUCCGCAUCAUUGCCAAAGGAACCGGCCACGACCUCAACGGAAGAAGAUCAAGCGGCGCGUACGCACUGUCGAUUUGGACUCACCAGCUUCAAAGCAUUAAGCUGGAUGGCCAGUGGCCACGACCAUCGACCAACCUGACAGACAACGUCGCUAUUCUUGGAAGCGGAAACAACUGGGCACGCGCUCUGGAGGCCACAGCCGUGACAGGAAGAACGCUUGUCAGCGGCCAGGUCAAGACAGUCGGUCUCGGCGGCUUCAUCGGCGGUGGCGGACAUGGCCCUCUUUCGAGCCACUACGGCCUGGCCGCUGAUCAGGCCCUCCAGGCGACAGUGGUCACGACAACCGAAGACAUUCUCGUGGCAAAUGAGGCUCAGAACCAAGACUUACUGUGGGCUAUCCGAGGCGGCGGACCGGGCCUCUACGGAAUCAUCACGGAAUUCAUCCUGCGAACACACCCUACCCCUAGCAACGUGAUCCAGACAACUUUGUCCCUGAGCAUGACCGGAAACGAUACUGGAUCUGCUGCCGCCGCAUCUUGGGAUGCCAUGGCAUUGCUUUCCAGCUCUCUUCCGGAUCUGAUGGAUGCUGGCGUAGCGGGUUUUGGCAACGCGGCAACGUCAAAUGUUUCCCCGACAUCUUUCAGCGGCGUUGUUCAAGGGAUCAGAGCAACCUUUACUUUCUUCGGUUACAACACCACGGCGAACGACCUCCUCUCUCUUUUGAAUCCGAUCCAAGCACGCAUGUUACAGAGCGGAAAUGGCACGCUCUCGGUGGUUGUCGCGGAACCGACUGUUUUCUCUACGUACCUAUCGUUUGUUGACGACCUCAAUGACCCCGCUACUCCGGUGGCACAGAUCAGUCUCAUCUCAAGUCGCUUGCUCGGCCGCAGCGAGCUGACUAAUAUUCCCCUGAAGAAACUUCGAUCCCAUCUGCAAGAUAUUACCAAGUCUCAGGUGGAGGGAGGUACUGCUGCACUGGUGUAUGGGCUUCAGGGUGGACUGGGACCCCGUCAGGUCGAGGCGGGCAUGCGAGGCGCGCUGAACCCUGCUUGGAGAAACGCCUACAUCCAUCUCAUCAGCUCUGGAACAUACAUCAACACGACGGACUCUGCGCCGCAGGACGCCUUGGCCACUGCUGCGGCCUGGGCCGAAGAGAAAAAGGAAGCAGUGUGGCGAGAUUGGGCACCGGGGACUGGCGCGUACAUCAACGAAGCCAAUCCAUUCAACAACAACUUCCAAGAGGACUUUUACGGUGGCAAUUAUGACCGCUUGCUUGAGAUCAAGGAUAAAUAUGAUCCCACUGCUAGCCUCUAUGUCCGGUCGGGAGUCGGAAGUCACAAGUGGGACUACAAUUUGACGACUGGUAAACUUUGCCGUAAGUAG